AUGGAUGUUGAUGAGGAACUCAGCGAGUGUCUUGUCAUUGAUUCCAAGCUGGCACAGCCACCGCCUCUUCUCUUGACCUUGCCAGUGGUAUCCUCCCAGCAGAUGCCUCCGAAAAGAGGAAUCGUCAAGUCAGGAAACGCUGGAAACUCUUCAAAAUCUUCAAACCAGAACCCAGCCACUAGCUCCUCCGCAAGUGCGUCAACUGGGCCUCCUCCUUUAUUUCCACCUGGUUCCAAAUAUCCUUUGAGUUUACUCCAAGAAAGAUGUCAAAAGCUUGGAUGGGAAAAACCUGUCAUAGAUACGCGUCAACAUGGCGAUAAAGAAUUUUCCUUCAGAGUGACUCUCAGCAGGCAUAAUAAAAAGACAUCUCAAAUAGAUAAGGUCAUGAUGGAGCCUCAUCCAGCGUACUAUAGACCUACCGCCAUCGAGGCACGCCACUGGGGAGCCACUUAUGCGCUUUAUCGUUUUUCUAACGGCAUACAACUUAACCGGGCCCUUCCCCCUGGGCCAAGAGAUUAUUGGAACGAACUGGCAGUUGAACAUAAGACCAUCGAAGAACAUCAGAAGUGGAUGUAUGACGCGGAUCCCUUUUCCGCACAGAAGAUGGUCGAAGAAAGACAAGCUAAGGCGCAGCAAAAGCGGGAAGAAGCAACUUUGGCGAAAGCAAAUCCCGACGUACCUCAAGCCGGCAGCUCGACGACGUCUUCUGACUACCCGGAAGUGAUCAUGGCGACAUCUCUGAGAGAACUGGUCGAAGAUGCGAUCAAGGAGGGAUUUUCACUUUACCCUGAAGCAGCGGAUGCGGCGCCUCUGACGCUUUCUCAGGAUGCGAUUCCAGGUCUUUCUCAACAACUCGGUCACCUUGGGUUCUCAAGGACCCAGAUUCGAGAUGCAACAACCUAUCUUUCUGAAGAUUCGACACUGACAUUCAACCUCUUGAAUUCAUUGACUCCUCUGGAAGCCUGCAUUGAAUACUUAGUCCUUCACUUGCCAGAGUGCGAUUUGCCGCGACGUUUUCUGCCCAACAAUAACUCUUCAAACCCUUUCAUCACUUCGGCUCAUUCAGGAAAUGACGACCUCAAACGGAGGUGGGUCGAAGAAAAAGCAGUUAAGGAGGCCGGAUGGCCUGAAAAUGCCGUGAAAGAUUGCGCAACAACCCCGAAAUUCCUCAAAAAAUGGGAUCUCUUUAUGGUAGCACUUGGUCGAAAGCUGCUUGGUCGCGAACUCGAUAGCCUCCUCGAAGAAGCCAGUGAACUGACUUCAUAUCCGAUUGAGGCUGACGAAUAUGAAGCCUUAGGUGCUCAGCUUGAAGAAACUGGACACCUCGUUCUGCCUCUCUUCAGCGCUCCUAUAACGGUUCAUAUAUUGUUCUCGGCAGAAGAACAUUACCCACGCGUUGGAUAUAUUCCUGUCUACAUCACAUCGACAACAAUCCCAGCCUAUGUCAGACUUCAUCUACUUUCGCGUUUCCUCUUGGCUAUGGAAUCUAAACCAGACCUGGACGUGGGAGAAGGCUUUUGCAUGGCCCUCAUGCGAAUCAUGGAGGACACCUGGGCGCAAGUUGAAGACAACGGGCCCCCGAACAUGUCCACCGUGUUACAGCACAUCAUCCCGCGGCCACAACGGUUUGCUUUCGUUGAUCAAGACGGGCAGACUCCCGAACCAAAAGGGUCCCUGAGUGGGAACAAAGGCUCAGCAAGACCACCUCGUCGGCCUCUGAACGAUGACGGCCAGAUAAAGCGCGAAUUUGAAGCAAUCCGGGAAAAUGACAAGUAUAAACAAAUCCUGGCUGCAAGAAUGAAAUUGCCAGCAUUCAAAGCCCAAGAAGACUUCUUGAACAAGCUAGAACACAGUCGAGUUGUCGUCGUCGUCGGCGAGACAGGGUGUGGAAAGACGACCCAACUGCCUCAGUUUAUCCUGAAUUCCCUUAUCUUGUCAAAUCGUGGCUCAAAGGCUUCUAUCAUCGUAACUCAGCCGCGCAGGUUAUCGGCUAUCUCAGUCGCAGCUCGCGUAUCUGAUGAACGCCUCGAUGACGGAUCCGUUGGUUACGCCAUACGAGGCGAAAGCAAGCAAGGAAGAAACACACGACUCCUCUUUUGUACAACCGGUGUUGUCCUCCGACGAUUGAGCACUGGAGACGCUUUGCGCGACAUUUCUCAUGUCAUUGUAGACGAGGUACACGAACGCUCCAUGGACGGAGAUUUUCUCCUUCUGGAGUUGAAGCAACUCUUGAAGAAUCACCCAAGCCUGAAAGUUGUUCUGAUGUCGGCAACUAUCAACCACGAAACCUUUGUCAAAUACUUUGAAAAUGCCCCUCUGCUGACGAUACCAGGGUUUACUCACCCUGUCAUGGACAAGUAUUUAGAAGACGUCCUGCCACUAAUCAACUACAAGCCCCCAUCAGCACGCGCGACGAAAGGCGAUGGCGAAACCCGCCAGCGGCAGGAAUAUGAAUCCCAAGGGCUUCAAAAAGAGGUUGUUGAUGCUAUCCAAAACCUAAUUCGUGCAGGAAGGAUCGACUGUCAGUUAGUCGCCGCACUCGUGGAGCAUAUCGUAACAACUGCAGAUACCAGAGGCGGAAUUUUAAUUUUCCUUCCUGGCGUCAACGAAAUCAAACAAUGCAUUGAAGCUAUUCGUCAAGCUAUCCGACGGCAUGACGCAGUUAUCUAUCCCCUGCAUGCUAACCUUUCAAAUGACGAGCAACGGAAAGUGUUCGAAUCCACCAAGUCCUGGAAGAUUAUCGCUGCCACAAACGUUGCAGAGACCUCAAUCACUAUCGACGAUGUCGUUUAUGUAAUAGAUGCAGGAAAGGUCAAAGAAACGCAGUAUGACCCGGGCACAAACCUGUCGCGACUGGUAGAAACCUGGGUCACUCAGGCUGCUGCAAAGCAAAGGAGAGGGCGAGCGGGAAGAACACGACCCGGCAUCUGCUACAAGUUGUUCACUAGAAGGCAGGAGAAGGACAUGGUGGAAUUUCCUGUUCCGGAGAUACUCCGUGUACCUUUGGAGAACAUUUCACUUUCUGUCAAAGCCGCGAAGGAAGAUGAGGAUGUCAAGGCUUUCUUGAGUCGAGCUAUAAACCCUCCAGCCGUAGCUGCCAUAGGUCGAGCAUUGCUCACUCUGGAAGAGGUUGGAGCGAUCGACCAGUCCGGCAAAUUGACCCCUUUGGGGAAACAUAUGUCAAUGUUACCCAUGGAUGUUCGACUUGCGAAGAUGCUCAUUCUGGCGGCAAUAUUCCAAUGUUUAGGACCUGUUGUUACCGUGGUCGCCCUGCUAUCCUCGAAACCUUUGUUCGUUAGUCCAAUGGAAAGGCGCGAUGAGGCAAACACAGCCCGUGCUCGAUUUGCACAUGGGGACAGCGACCUUCUAACGGAUGCCAAAGCAUUCGACGAAUGCAUGCAGAUGCGCAAAGAUAGCAAAUCAUCGGCAGCCAUUCGAUCUUUCUGUGAAGAGAAUUUCAUUUCGGCUAGUACUCUCCGCGAUGUCGUGACUCUGCGACAAGAUUUUGUGUCUUCGUUGGUGGAAAUGGGAUUUAUUCCCCUCGAUUCAACACCUUCGACUGCGUCUCUCAACACAUGCAGCGAUAACCUCAACCUCGUCAAAUCCGUGUUAUUAGGAGGCCUUUGGCCGCGUGUUGCAAGAGUCCAUCUCCCAAAAGACAGAAUCAAAUAUGAUAAAGUGUCAGCAGGUGCUGUCCAGCGAGAGAAUAUAGCAAAGGACUUCAAAAUCUUCGACUUGCGGGAGGGGAGAGCCUUUCUGCAUCCUGGAAGUGUACUCUUCGGAACAAGUGCAUGGAAACCUCCAUUCCUCAUCUAUUUUCACAAGUACAUGACCACCAAAGUCUUCCUCAGAGAUGCAACCAAAGUUCCUAUGUACUCUCUUCUUUUGUUUGGCGGUCCUGUGUCUGUCAACCAUGUUCGCGGUGGUCUGACAGUCGGGACUAAAGACAGCCUCGUCAAACUGGCGGCAAUACCCCGUAUUGGUAUUUUGGUCAACCAGCUUCGACGCCUUCUCGACGCCCAAUUACAGAGAUCUAUCGAGGAUGGAACCAUGCUCACAACGCGUUCUGGAAAUCCCGUCAUCCAUGCGACCAUGGCUCUCCUCACGUAUGAUGGCAAGACGGAGUAA